CUGUCAGGCGUAACGAGGCCGGCCUCCAAUGAAUAAAGGGGUCCUCCGAGUAAUUUAUGCUAACAAAGCAGCAUCCAAAAUGUCGGGGGAGGUGUAUCUUCUGUGGCUUCUCUCGCUUUUACAAACGCUGUCGGCGUAUGGUGCCGAUCUGUCGUCUGAGGCAUGCAGGGAGCUGGGCUUCUCUAGCAACCUGCUGUGCAGCUCCUGCGACCUGCUCGGGGAGUUCAGCCUCACCAAGCUGCAGCCCGACUGCCGGCAGUGCUGCCAGCAGGAGGCCCAGAUGGAAGUGCGCAAGCUCUACGCUGGGGCCAUCCUUGAGGUGUGUGGAUGAAAGCUGGGGAGGUUCCCUCAAGUCCAAGCUUUUGUCAGGAGUGACAAGCCAAAGAUGUUCAAAGGUCUUCAGAUCAAGUACGUCAGAGGCUCCGAUCCGGUACUAAAGCUUUUGGACGAUAACGGGAACAUUGCUGAAGAACUCAGCAUCCUCAAGUGGAACACAGACAGCGUGGAGGAGUUCCUCAGCGAGAAAUUAGACCGGAUAUAGAAACAAUAUAAUUUUUUUUUCUAUUUUUUUUUUUUUUUAGUUAGUGUCUUUUCACCCAAAUUACAAUGCCUCUGUUUGUAUGUAGCCAUGCAAAUGUUCUGUUUUAUGUGCCCUUAAAUAUCUGCAUCCACCUUCAAGUAAAUGGGAGUUUUGUUUGUGUUGCUGGAUGCACUGAAAAAUAACAUUUAAAACUAGAACUUGUGUUGCUGUCGCUGAACCACCACAACCACUUACUGUCGACUCUCUGAGUAAUCUGAAAUGCUGAAUAAGUUUUCCCAAUGAGUCCAGCCCCACAAACACAACUCCUCUAAGCUCCAUUUUAUUUAGGCUGUGGCAGAAAUCUCAGGAGUCCGAUCUUUAAACGAUAACAAAAACUAUCUGCAUGGAUGGAGACAAUGAGGGGCUGUUUAUUUUUAUUAUUAGUACUUUAUUUGAAUGUAUUCUAACCCUUGUGUUAUUUACCAAUUUGUACCAACCUGGCCUUGAAAAUGGUUGCUAAAACACUGACGGUUUUUGUAUGGGAAAAUUUCUUGUCUGGAUUUUACCAAAUAACGUGUGGAAGACAUCAUUUCAGACACACUCUAAAUAAUCAUGAGUAAUCAUUGAUCAAAACGGGUCAAUUAGAUUAGAAAAACAAUAAUGCAAAUCAUGAGCAGUUUCGUUCCACUGCCGGUGGGAGUUUAAAAUCACCUUCUGAAGUCUGAUAUUCUUGCAUCGUGAUUUUUUUUCUUCUUUUUUUAAAUAUGUAUUGAUAUGUAUUGUGCACGACUUUGACCAACAGGAUUUGUGGUAAGAAUGUAUUCUAGUUGCUCUUCUAACGCAGACGUCUUGCUGAAGCACACGUUAGUGAAGACCUCACAGUAAACCAGUGUUGGGUUGUGAGGUCUGAUGUAAAUUUGUGUUUUUUGGUAUCUUCUGCUUUUGAAGAGAAACUGGAUUUAUUGUGGAUGCUUGAAGGUUUUUCUGUCAUUUUGUCUAAUGGAAAUGAAGUGCAUUAAACACAAAUAGUCUCUGUUA